CACACCCCCUCUGCUCUCGGAUUGGCUCGGCAUUGGGGAGCUCGCACCCCGCCAUGGCGUCUCAGCUUCGACUCCGCUCCGCUCUGGCGCUGGUCACAGGUGCGGGCAGUGGCAUUGGACGGGCAGUCAGUAUGCGCCUGGCCGGAGAGGGAGCCGCCGUGGCCGCCUGCGAUCUGGACGGGGCAGCGGCACGGGAGACGGUUCAGCUGCUGGGCGGGCCGGGCAGCAAGGAAGGGGCGCCCCGCGGAGCCCACACUGCCUUCCAGGCCGACGUGUCUGAGGCUGGGGCUGUCAGGCGCCUGCUGGAACAAGUGCAGGCCUGCUUUUCUCGCCCGCCAUCUGUCGUUGUGUCCUGUGCGGGCAUCACCUGUGAUGGGUUUCUGCUCCACAUGUCUGAGGAUGACUGGGACAAAGUCAUAGCUGUCAACCUCAAGAGCAUCUUUCUAGUCACUCAGGCUGCAGCCCAAGCCUUGGUGUCCAGUAGUUGUCCUGGCUCCAUCAUCAACAUCAGUAGCAUCGUGGGAAAGGUAGGGAAUAUGGGGCAGACAAACUAUGCUGCAUCCAAGGCUGGAGUAAUUGGGCUGACCCAGACUGCCGCCCGGGAGCUUGGACGAUAUGGUAUCCGCUGUAACACUGUCCUCCCAGGGUUCAUUGCAACACCCAUGACACAGAAGGUGCCACAGAAAGUGAUAGACAAGUUCACUGAAUUGAUUCCAAUGGGACACCUGGGGAACCCUGACGAUGUGGCAGAUGUGGUCACAUUCCUGGCAUCUGAAGAUAGUGGGUACAUCACUGGGGCCUCAGUGGAAGUCACUGGAGGUCUUUUCAUGUAACUGCCUCAAGAACUCUGGACUCUGCUCACUCCCCCACCACCCCAUCCGGACUCCUGCUGAUGAGGACUCCAAGUUCCCAGGCUACAAAAGGGGUGGCAGUGUAUGCUCAGGAAUGCUGAAUAUGAGGAAGGGGUGCUUGUGACCCUAAUAAAUUCCAAAUCCUCUUCCCUGCCA